GGGGUGAAGGAGCAGCAAAGGCAUUGAAAUUCUUCGGAUGACAUUUUUUUUUUUUAAAGUUUCCAAAAUGCAUCCUAGACAGAUUUAUGCGGUUCAACCCCUAGUCAAAAAGUCUUUCUUUUCAUAUUAUUUUUAAUCUGAAUGAUUGCCCUCACUUUACUUUCAUCCUCAGAUGCUGAUAAACUUUGUUAUCCUGCUGUUAACAGCUGCAAUUCUCAAUGCUUUCCAUGGAGAAGCUUCACCACCAAGACGCUCUUUUCAGUCUCCUCCUCCUCCUCUACUCCUCAUCUAAUCUGCUCCUUGCUUCAGGCUACACUCUUCCAAAUAAGUACUUCAUCAACUGUGGUUCAAGCUAUAACGCCACAGUCGACCGCCGGAACUUUGUUGGAGAUGUGAACUCCGGCUCAUCCUAUUUCUCCGUAAGACGAAGCCAUGUGUUGAAGGAUGGCAGCCCAGAAAACGGUACAUCUCCUCUCUACCAAACAGCUAGAUUUUUCAGAAAAGAAUCUUCGUAUGAGUUCCAAAUCACCGAAAAUGGUACCUACGUGGUACGCUUUCAUUUCUACCCUUUCUUGACGCCAACAAAUCUUACUGCUGCUCUCUUCAAUGUUCGGGCCAAUGGGUAUUCAUUGCUGUCCAAUUUCAGAGUCCAGAACAGAAGUAAGUCUCCCGUGAUUAAGGAAUUUGCAAUUCCCAUUGAUGUGGGAAACUUCAUCAUCUACUUCACUCCUCAAAAAUCAUCUUUUGCAUUUGUAAACGCUGUAGAAGCGUUUCUUGCCCCUGAAAAGUUCGUUUCAAAUAAAUCGCGUUACAUUACUCCUGCCGGAAGUGACGAUAGCUACAGUGGUUUGGAAUCUCGGGCUUUACAUAUAAUUCAUAGGAUAAACGUUGGAGGCCAGACAAUCCCACCAAAUAAUGAUACACUGUGGAGAAAUUGGACAACCGACGAUGAUCAUCUACUUCUCCCAGGUUCUGCCACAAAUAGUAAGGUCUACAAUAAUACGCCCAUAUACGAUCUUUCGAUAGCUACUAACUAUUCCGCCCCGGAUGAUGUCUACAAGACUGCCAAAGAACUUAAUAGAAAUUAUAGCAAUGCAACCUGGGUUUUCAGGGUGAAUGAGAGUUCUACCUACUUCCUAAGGGUGCAUUUCUGUGACAUAAUUAGCCAAAAUGAUGAUGGUACUGUGUUCAAUUUCUCUAUUUAUAGUCGGUUCAUUGAACUUAUAUAUUCAUAUGACCCCACCACCCAGAUCGGAACUCCAUUUUACAAGGAUUAUGUGGUUGAUUCCGAUGAUUCAGGUUAUAUGAAUAUCAGUAUAGGCCAUACAAAAAUAGUUGAAUCACGGACAGCCUUUCUGAAUGGGCUUGAGAUUAUGAAGCUUAUAACCAGGGAAUCUGUUUCAUUGCGUGCGCCGAAGAAAAACUUUAUAUUCGUCAUAGUAGGUACCGUUGUUGGAGUACUGGCUUGUCUCCUUAUCCUGCUGGGGAUGAUCUUUAAAUGCAGGAAAGCAAACUCUGUUGAAAGUGAAGAGUGGUCUGUGCCUCUUUAUGGAGGGAGAUACUUCAGUUGGAUAACUAGAAGAACUGCCGAAACCUCCUCUGUUUCCAGUUUAAACCUGGGGUUAAAAAUACCCUUUUCUGAAAUCCUACAUGCAACUCAUCGUUUUGACAAAAAAUUGAUGAUCGGUAAGGGUGGGUUCGGGAAAGUUUAUAGAGGAACUCUUCGGGAUGGGAAGAAAGUGGCUGUCAAACGAAGUCAACCAGGGCAAGGCCAGGGCUUCUACGAAUUUCAAACUGAAAUCAUUGUCUUAACCAAAAUUCGCCACCGCCACCUCGUGCCUUUGAUUGGAUAUUGUGAUGAGAGGCGUGAGAUGAUACUGGUUUACGAAUUCAUGGAAAAUGGUACUUUACAAGACCUCCUAUAUGAUUCCAAUGAGGACUGCUCGACGUCAUCUCCCCGAUCAGAACUGUCUUGGGAGCAAAGGCUUGAGAUUUGCAUUGCUUCAGCUAUGGGUCUUGAUUACCUUCACCGUGGCGCCGGAAUCAUUCACCGCGAUGUUAAGUCAACGAAUAUCUUGCUUGAUGAGAAUUAUGUGGCUAAAGUUGCGGAUUUCGGUCUUUCAAAAUCAGGCGAUGCAGAUCAAACCCACUUCAGUACUGACGUCAAAGGCAGCUUUGGUUACCUUGAUCCCGAAUAUUUCAGAUGCAUGCAGUUAACAGAUAAAUCGGAUGUAUACUCCUUUGGAGUAGUUCUCCUGGAAGCGCUCUGCUCUAGGCCAGCCAUUAAAAACUCAGUUACCAGAGAAGAAAUGAAUUUAGCUGAAUGGGCGAUUUCAUGGCAAAAGAAAGGGGAGCUUGAAAAGAUUGUGGAUCCUUUUCUCGUGGGUAAAAUCAAUCCUAACUCAUUGCGUAAGUUCGGAGAAACGGCAGAGAAGUGUUUGAGAGACUCUGGUGCUGAUAGGCCUACCAUGCGUGAGGUGGUAUGGGACUUGCGAUAUGCACUUGAUCUGCAACAAGCUAGGAUUCCGAGAGAAGGAUAUGCCGACAGUAUCACCGAUGAUUCUUUCGACUACUUGCCACUGUCUGGUGUUCCGUACGUGCCUUCUCCUAGCUUUCUUCUAAUUGAGGAAGAUGAAGUCCCCAUAGAAGGUGAUGAUGGUUCAGAAGCAACUGCUAGUGAAGUGUUCUCCCAACUGGGGAUCAGUGGUGCCAGAUAAUCUCAUCUCAACUGCAAAAAGAAUGAGGAACAGUUGUAUAAUGUCCAUCUGCCGAAUCAGUGCAGCAUCUGUAAAAGGAUCUCUCUAUGCAUGAACUAUCAAUUUUCUUUA